AUGGCCGAACCGGCAAAGGUGAAUCAGGAGCCCGACGUCGCCGAGUCGCCCUUUGCCGACGACGAGCUCGACGAGUCAACCGACCUCGAAUUCUUUGACACCAACGUCGAGAACAACCCUUAUGGGCGCAUGUACCUGGCGCGUCUCCCUGCCUACGUGUGGCAGGCGUGGGCCAAGCUCGACGAAGAUGCCGAGAUCAAGAUUGGGCGGAUUCGCCAGUGGCAAGACGCCAACGGGAACCUGAAACUUCAAAUGCUGCUUCGGUCAGACCUCGCACAACACCAGAGCAUACCAAAAGAGUAUAACAUGGACAUCACCAACCACGAAGUCAACAACACAUUCAUCUUCAGUGAACAAGACCUGCCAAGCUAUGCCGCCAAGAACAAGGAGAAGGCGGCAGCUAUUGCCCAGGGCAUUCCGGCUCACCUCCUCCGUCAGCAGCAGCAGAAGAUGGCCGAGCCGCAGCCACCGCAGGAGCGGGGCAAGAGAUUUGUCCCGUACGCUCGACGGGCUAUCCCUAAGAAAACCGCCGUCACCGGCACUGUCAAACAUGAAGUGGCAUGUGUGCCGGAGCAAAAUAUCGAAACCGACGUGUACAUGUCGAGCAUUUCGAAAGAGGCCGACAACGCAGCGAGGAAGACCAACCUCGUCAAAUCGGGCCUGCCACCCAAUGGGCUCAACAGCAACCAGAGCCUGGACAACUUCAUCAAAACAAAGGAGAAGCCCACCAAGGCGAAGAAGAUGGAGAACAAGGUGGCUCGCUGGGAAGAGCAGAAGCUUCUGGACAGGAUUGCCGACUGCUUCUCGCAGUACAAGUACUGGGCGAUCAAGGCGCUCCGGGGUAGGAUCCCGCAGCCGGAGGCCUUCAUUCGGCAGACGCUGGAGAAGAUUGCGCUUCUACACCGGUCUGGACCUUAUGCCAACACGUGGUCUUUGAAGCCCGGAUAUGCAGACAUGAUUCUCAAAAACCGCUCCCAGCCCAAGGGCGAGGGGGUCGCUCCAAAGCUGAACGAGGACCUGGCAUCCGACGACGACGACGACGACGACGACGUGCAGAUGGAAGACGUCGUCAUUUAA